AAAUACUGGGUCCGCCAUAGGAGACAUACCAUUCCUCCAUGUUCAUCUCUGUCCCUGUUCUAUCAAAUCAUCUUCUUCCUCGCCCCCACUUUUUCUUAUCUGGCAUCCUUCAUUUCUCCAUGGCUGGAAACAUAGAAAAUGUGUUAGCUUUGCAGAUGAAGAGAUGAUGCAACACAACAAUGGCAGAAACCAGUUAUCUUCUUCUAUAUCUGCACAUGAUUUGAGAUGUUUUGAGGUUGAGAAAGAGAAGGAGAAUAUAUCUUCUCCACGAGGUGUUCUUGAAGCUUGUAUAAAAGGUUUGGAUUCUGAUCAGUUUGAUGAUUCUUCUCCGGCGGAUAGUUCGUCGGAGAAUAAUGAAGUUCAGAAUCCAAGUUCACGUAAACGUUGGGGUGGAAUUUUUAAGUUAUGGAAGAAAGGGGCGAUGAAACGGUUGUCUUCUUUUCCUGCCAUUAAUGGUGCUGUUCCGAAGCUUUCGAGAGGGAAGAGCAGACGGGCGGCGGCGGCGGCGGAGGAAGAAGUUGUUGACACAGAUUGUUGUAUUCUUAGGUGUUCUUGGAAGACUUUUUCAUUGUCUGAACUUAAAGAUGCAACUAAUGACUUCAAUGAAGAGAACAUUAUUGGAAAAGGUGGUUAUGCCGAUGUUUACCAAGGAUGUUUACCCGAUGGGCAGUUAGUGGCGGUUAAGAGGCUUAGCAAAGGGACAGCCGAAGAGCAAACAAUAGCUUUGUUAUCGGAGAUUGGAACAAUUGCCCACGUAAAUCAUCCAAACACGGCAAAACUUAUCGGUUAUUGUGCCGAAGGUGGAAAGUACCUCGUUUUAAGGUUGUCUCCUCUCGGGAGCUUAGGAUCUCUUCUUCGCGGUUCAAAAGAAAAACUCAAUUGGGCAGUUAGGUACAAGAUCAUUAAAGGGACAGCUGCUGGUCUUUAUUACCUUCAUGAACAUUGCCAAAGGAGAAUAAUUCAUAGAGAUAUCAAGGCUGAUAAUAUUUUGCUUACCGAAGACUUUGAACCUCAGAUUUGUGACUUUGGACUUGCAAUGUGGCUUCCAAGUGAAUGGACUCAUCACAAUGUACCAAAAUUUGAAGGCACAUUUGGAUACUUUGCUCCGGAGUACUUCAUGCAUGGUAUCGUUGAUGAGAAAACUGACGUUUUUUCUUUCGGGGUUUUACUUUUGGAGCUUAUAACUGGUCGUGAGGCCUUGGAUGAUUCAAAGAAGAGCCUUGUUCUUUGGGCAAAACCUUUUCUUGACAACAAUGAAGUCGAGAAACUAGUAGACUCAUCUCUCGAUGGUAUUUACGACACAGAAGAAAUGGAUCGAGCCAUAAUGCUCGCUUCGCUUUGCAUCGACCAAACUCCAGUUAUACGGCCUCAAAUGGGCCAGGUCCUUGCAAUGUUACAAGACAAAAAUGGUCGGUUAGAGUGUACUAGUGAAAACAAAAGACAGUUUUUUCAAAGAACUUAUUCACAAGAGUUAAUGGAUGCUGAAGAGUAUAAUUCAACAAGAUACUUAAAAGAUAUGAAUCAGCACAAACGACUUGUUUUGGGUUCUUGAAAAUAUUAGUUCUUCAAGAUGACAUAUUAUGUGACAAUUAUCAUUUGGCAUGUACUUUUCAUCCUAUUUUAAGGUACUUAAAAUGGGUUGAGUAGCCGAAUUGUUUUCGUGUGCCCAUCAAGCACUUACAAAGGGCUAAGAUUCGUAUUAGAUUGUGUUUGAA